AUGGGCGAAAUAGUCGACGAGACGAUUGCAGAUAUCCAGCUUUUGAGCUAUUACAAUUUGAUUGGAUGCGCUUUCUUUUUUCUAACGGCGUUUAUAAUGAUCGGCCUAAAUGGGGCGCGAAUUUUUAUUUACAAAAGACCCACACUGCAAUAUUCCAAGAUUAAGCAUUUUGAGUAUUUCGUUUUGGAUGAGAAAGAGUCAUCGGGAAAGAAGAAGACAAAAUCAUCAAUGGGAGAAGCUGCAUCACAAUUGAACCCGAUCGGUGAAUCAUCGAUGAAUUGA